UUUAUCAUUUCAAGACAGUUAUAAUAAGAAGGAAGAGAAAGAAACAAAUGGAGAUAAUUCUUAUAAAGUUACUGAAGAGAUUGAAUAUGUAAACAAGAAAUUACUGAAAGCCGCAGAAAAAGGAAAAAUAGAUGAACUUAGGCAAUACUUGGAUCUUGGUGCUGAUGUGAAUUAUUGUGAUAAGUAUGGUACUUCAUUACAUUGGACUGCUGCCCAGGGACACCUACAUAUGACCAGAUUAUUAUUAGAAAAAGGCAGUGAUAUGAACAUAAAAAACAAGUGGGGAGAAGGUCUUCUACAUAGGGCUAUUGAUGGAAACCUGGAGACUUUGCGGUUAUUACUUGAUGAAGGAAUGGAUCCUAACAUGCAGACUGAGGAUAAAACGACAGGUUUACAUACAGCAUUGUAUCGUGGCAAAAUUGAUAUGGUACAGCAAUUGCUCAAAUCUAGUGCUAAUGUUAAUUUGCAGGAUAAGGAUCUUUGUUCACCUCUUAGCUCUGCAGCUAAGUUAGAUGAUUUACAAGUAGCCAAGUUACUGGUGGAUCAUGGAGCAUGUCUGAACUCUACUAACUAUCUAAAAUUUGAUCCACUGUAUGAAGUUUUGUGUAAUAAGAAUGUCGAAUUUGCUAAAUAUUUGAUAUAUGAAGGUGCAAAAGUGAAUGAGGGUAAUCUUAGAGGCAUAGCCACUACUAAUGAUAUACCAGCAGAGGACAUAUUAGUCUUAUGUGAUAUUUUCAUAGAAGCUGGAUAUAGAAUUUCUAAUACUGUCCAAUGGCCUAAAGAAAAAGGAAGAUAUUCGAAUAUGGAGGAAGUUAAUAAACAUAUUUAUAAUCGGCAGCAGGAAAUUGUGACUUUACAAUCUUUAUGUAGAAUAUGUGUUAGAAAUAUACUGAUUCAAACUACUGAUGGCUGCUCUAUCAGAAGUGUUGUGUGGAAACUUCCAUUGCCAAAAAUGUUAAAGAAUUAUAUAAUGUUUGAACGGUAAUUGUUUGUCAAGUUUCUGAUAUAAAUAUAAGAAACUGUGAUAUGUUCACGGACAGUGGUUCUAUUAAAUUAUGUUACAAAAGAAGUACAAUAAAAGUAAGGUCAUGGCUUUUUUUAGGUUAUCAACUCAUAAACAAAGGGUGUUUAGGUAACUAUGGUAACCGUAAAUUAGAUGCAAAAUCAAAACUAAGUUAGUAUAUAUAUAAAUCAAAAUUCAAAAUGAAAACCAAAUCAUCAAAACAAAAAAGAUGAUGCAAAUUUAAAAUUCAAAUAAAACUUAAAUAGAUAAUGAAAGUUGAAAACUCAAUUAAAGAAUAAAUGAAAUUAUGAAAUAAUGGUGUGCUGAAUUGAACCCUUGCAACACAGAUGUCCAAACUAACAUGAGAAAUUACGUUUGAGGUGGAAAUGAAAAUUAAAUGGAUUUAUGUUCUAAAAAAAAAAAAACAAUAAAGAUGUUAAUCUAGUUCAUCGGUACUGGUUCAGGCUUAAGAAUAAGGUCUUCCACUAAACAAGUUCGAAAAAAAUUCAUUUCAUAAAGAACGCUUUGGAACUUGUUAAACCGCCAAAACAGUACCAUAAAUUGAUAGUCAAUAUAAGAUUUAAUAACAAGAAUCUGACCACUGUACAGAAGCUACUAAGUUAACAGAUUCCCGAAGCCAAUGAGCUACAUCUCCGUUUGGUAUACACAUUGAUAAUGUCAUAAUUAAAGAUCUAGUUGUAUGAAAAUGGAUCAAUUUCAUUAUCUGACAAAUGAACACCGUCUAAGAAUAGGUCUAGAUGUCCUCAAAUAUUUCCGGGUAUGUAAUACAUGCGCCACUGUUUCAGAAUAAUUAAGCCACCAAAUUAUCCCUCUGGUUUAGUCCAAUGACUUCACCACUGUUUCAGAAUAAUUAAGCCACCAAAUUAUCCCUCUAGUUUAGUCCAAUGACUUAUUUAGAAUCUUGUUCUUAUAUUUCAUUCUUUGUACCAGAUCUAAAAGAAAAUCAAUAUCGCUUAAAAGUUAGGUGUCUGUUUGUUAUUCUCGCCAAGAAAUGGUUUCAAAUUGCGCCACACUUUACAUGUAUAGUUUUUACCUAUAUUAUACAUGUAACAAGUACUUAAUUUAACAUAUUGCGAUAUCAACAUAUCUAGAGGAUAAUGCGUUUUUUUCCUUCAUCAGUAUGGGCUGAAAUUCGUUCAAAAUCCAGAAGAACAAAUAACAGACCUGAAACCUUCCAUUCUCUUUACAACGAACAAUGUAAUGCUUCACAUUCGUCAAUGUUUGUGUUUUAUAUACUCUCACAAAGCUCCAGGCCAAGGCGUAUAUUAAUAUCCGGAGUGCUGGCUCAGAAGCUGCGAGAAAUCACAACGACUUGGAAAAAGAAAACUUUGCUCUUAAAAAGUACUUAGGAGUGAGAGGAGAAGUGAGCAGAAAAGAAUAUGUAUUAUCUUAAGUUACAAAUACAAGCCUGCGUUUAAUGUUGAACAGAGACAUAUUAUAGUUUUAACUGUGUAUAUAUGAGUGAACGUUUUACUUUGGCAUAAUUUUUUAAUUAAAAUGAAAACUCCAGUCAUUUAGUAUAGAUAUAUAUAUAAAGUAAAAAUAAAUAUUUUGAUAAA